GAUGACCUUUUAUUUGAAUGUUUUAUAUCACAGGUGCCUCAUUUCAUCAAAACCUUGAGCUCCUGAAAGAAAACAGAGACUGACACUUCACAUUAGUGUUAAGACAAGGCGCUCAACAUCCCAGUUCGAAGUUAACUUGGCAUUGCUCUGCAGCACGGAAGCAAGUAUUUCAGUAACUUUUACAGCAGUGUUUCAGUCAGCAGCUGGCAUGUCACACUGCUGGUCGUUGAAUGAAAGCAAGAAAAAGCAUCUCAACCUGUUGCUUUAGAGGAAAAGCUGUUUGUGUGCUGUGCAGCCUCUGAGAGCGACAACAACAGGAAACAUGAGGCUGCCGCCGCUGCUGCUGCUGCUGUGUGGAGGGCUGGCCUCACCGUAAUGACUGGAGUCAGGUAACCAGCGGACACACCGACUCUGUUCCUCCUCGCUGACGGGUUGUGGCACGAAGGGAAAAGGCGGCAGAGAGCCCUUCACCUCCUGGAACCGUUUCACUCCGUCUUCUUCUUUGUUUUUGUUUUUUUUUUCUUCUCCCCCUUCCAAAUCAAUGCUUCGACUUCCCCCCGCGAAACAAAACUUCACAGGGCUGCACAAGUUUGCUAAAUGUGACGACGUGUGUUGCUGUGGUGGCGGCGGGGCGUCGUGUUUCUGGAGCUGGCUCAUCGCGGAGGCUUCUCAGGUGUUCACGGGGAACUUUGUGUCGUCUUUUCACUCUCCUCGCCGCAUAGUUCACUGAGCCCGAGGGACGAAUUCUCACUCUUUCCUUGUAUUUUUUUUUUCUUUUCGUCUCGCUUUCGUGUUUCCUCCCUCAGCUUAUUGGACUGAAAACAUCACAAGUGUGAACAGGUGGCAGGAUGGAAGAGGCGGACAAGUACAAACAGCGACUGGAGGCCAUUGCUGAGAAGCGUCGGCUGCAGGAGGAGCAGGACCGAGCCCGGAGAGAGAUGGAGGAUGAGAAGCUCAGACUACAGCAGCUCAAGAGGAAGUCCCUGAGGGACCAGUGGUUGAUGGAAGGACCUGCCUUGUCCCCGACCUCCCAAGACAACCAGAACCCUCGCUCACCUCUGUGGGGAUCCCAGGCCCAGGAGAUGGAAGAGCGCAUUGACAAGUUGCAGUCAGAGACUCAGCGGUUGGCAGAGGAGGAAGAGAAGCUGAAGGAAAAGAUGGAGGAUGGCCAAACAGAGGCAGUGAAAGUGGGAGAGGCCGGAGCAGAAAUAGUCCAUGAUGCACUUGUGCAGAACGGAGAAAACAAUGCAACAGGACUGGAAACAACUGAAGUUGAAGAGAAGACAAACCAAAGCUCACCGAUGGAUGAAACUGGAGCUGUCCUAACAAAUGGUGGAGGGGAGUUAGAGGCAGACACCAGUCACGGUGCUUCAGAGCAAAAUAGCCAGUCCACCACCAACGGACCAGUUGUAGCCUCUGAGGGCGUUAUUAGCAUGAAGUUGGAACCAGGGUUGAGCCUGGUUGUUUCUGAGGCAGCGCCUGGUCAGGUUCCAAACGUCGACAUCAAUGAGGAGGAGGAAGGGACCCUGGUGAUGAGAGCGGAGCGUGUGAUCAUCACAGAUGAAGGGGAGGAUGUAACUGAGGAAGAUCAACAGGAGAGCACGCAGUCAGAGGAAACCCCUCUGACGAAUCUAGAAGCAGCCCAAGAAGGAGGGGAGGCUGAGGAGGAGGUAGUGAUAGAAACAGAAGCAGCUCUGGAAACCUUCACAAAACCAGAGUGCAGUGAGGCAAUCGAACCCACUGAGGAGGCACAACCAGGAAAUGCAGAUGGAGACAUGCAGGGCGGGGUACAAACAAAUGAAAACGCAGAUCGAGAGACAGAAGCUGAUGGACAGGACAACCAAACAGAGGAUCUCACCUGUGUGCAGGCGCAGGCCCCGUCCAGUGCUCUGGAGGGCACCACAGUGGCUUCUGUGCCAGUCUACUCUCAGUCCACUCUCACCCCGGAGCCAGAGGCUGAGAGUGCAGCUGCAACGUCAGCAGAGGGAGCAGAAGCAGCAUCAGAAGCCCAAGACCCUGCUCCCCUGCCGGGCCAGUUCCAGGAGGUUCCCCUGGCUGAUCCCCAGGAGAACCAGAGAACAGCGGCAGGGCCAAGGGAGCAGGAACCUCUUCUGUCACAGGCCAAAGCCCCAGACACCCAUGUAGAGCCAGCAGCAGCUAACAGCCCAGCCAGCACAGAGACAUACGGCCCGACCAGGGCCAGCCAGGAAGAGCAGGCACCAAAACGCAAAACCUGCCAGUGCUGCUCUGUCAUGUGAAUGCCCUCACUGUGCAUUUAUUUCCUCUCUCCCCCUACAGUCUGUCUCAAUACAAAGCACACUCCUUCCUCCAUCUCUUUGUUUUAUGCACCCAUCAUUUUUCAAAUCAGUAUGUUCACAAGCGGCUUCCCUUUCCUCCUCCGCCCGCUGCCCUCAUAACAUCCUCGUCCCACUCUUGAGUUUUAAAUCUUCAAGAGGAAAUGAGCUCUCUCCACUGUGAGGACAGGGGAGGUAUAGACUGGACUUGUCAGUCUUUUAAGUGCCUUGAGGAGCUCUCAACCCAGGACUACACUUUUAAAUUCUCCUCACACAAUGCGGACCAAAGUACGAGGUGUUGGUUUUUUUACACUCUUUGAGUUUGAUUUUAUUUUACUGGUUAGUUUAGUGAGCCAGACAAUCUAUAUAGGAUCACACAACCCAAAUACUAGAUGCAGUUAAACAAAAAAAAACAGACUAAAGAUAUAUUAUUUUAAGCUGUUGUAUCUUCAUAUAUAAUUCAUCUUUCAUGUUCUUAAUAUAAGAUUUAACUGGAAAAGAUGCAGAGGGGAUCAGAGAGGGGAUCUUCAUUAAUGACUUUAAAGCUGCAUUAUUUUAUUGAUUUUGGUCUUUUGAUUUGAGAUAUCUUUAAUCCAAGUAUAGGGCCUGAACAUUUUUAUUAGCUAUGUAAUACAGGUUUGACAACACACAGACCAACUCUAUCAAAUGUUCUUAUUUAUAAACAACAGCGUGCACCACUGAAUAUUUCGUGGGCUGUUUUUAAAAGAGCAAUUAUUUUUGAAAUACCUGAAAAUAUGAAUUUUGUAUUUUUACCAGAUGAGCUAUUGAGGAGAGGCUCCAGAGCUCCUGGCAUAGCUCUGUGCAUCGAUGUACAUACUGUAGACAAAAACACGUGGAACUGAGAGUGUCUGAGAUGUCAGCUUUGAAAUGAUUGACGAAUGAUUUAAUGAUUAAACUGACAUUUGUGAUA